AAUUAAUUAUAAAUAGGUUAACUGCACUACCAGUACCGUUAUACUAAAAAAAAUACUCCCAACCACCUGUAUUGUAUCUUAAACCAGCAAAUCCAAAACCCUCCCUCCCGUUCACGAAGAACCAGCAGCGGAGCAACGCCGAUCGCCCUUCUCCUCAACGUCACCGCCGUCGCCGCUGUCAAUUUGUUUUUCCGUCGACGUCGCCAACCACCAGAAAGUCGCCGUCCGUCGUCGAUCGAGUUAACGGAAGAGUUACAAGCAAGGCACUACCGCAGAUUCUACUACAGAAGCAGAGAACAUGGCAGCUUCCGAAGCAGCGAAAGAAGUGGUUGGCGAGGGGCGAUGGCAGCAACAAGGAUUGACGAAUGGCGGCAACGACAGUUCACGAGGGGCGACAGUGAUGACGGAAGUUGACGAGCGGCGGCGGCUAUUGCGAAAUGGCAUUAGAAACCAAGCAUUCCAAGUUCUUGAUCUAUGGAUGCACCGACUGGAUUGGUGGCCUGCAAGGCCCAAGGGAUCCACCACAUUUACGGGUCCGGAAGGCGGGAGAAUGGGAGUGCAGAGACAAUGUGUUACUGAAAAAGAAGGGCACAGAGAGUAAAUAAUUUAAAGGGUAAAAUUGGAAAGUCAAAGUUUUUUACAACUUACAUUAAAACCCAUGUAAAGUCAGAGUGGAAAAAUUCAGACGGGACAGAGGGAAUAAUAAUAUUGAAACGAGUUAGGAGGUGUAAAGUACCCACUCAUUCAAUUAUAUUAUUAUUUGGAACAAAAUGACUGAGCUAUA